ACGAGGGUCGAGUUCUCGUCACUCACCUACUCACUCUCCAGCCAGAGAAGAAAACAACAGCAAGCCUUCAAGAUGAUGUCUUCUUCUUCCACCCGCUCCUUCAUGUCCACAGCAGGAUCCACCAGACGUGCUGGAAGUGUGUACGGCGGUGCCGGAGGAUCCGGGGUCCGCAUCUCUAGCGCCUCUGCUUCUCGUUCCUUUUCUUCUGCUGGUGGAGCAGGCUAUGGUGGUGGCUUUAACUUGGCUGAUGCUGUUGAUGUGUCUACAAAUGAAAAAGCCACCAUGCAAAAUCUCAAUGACCGCCUGGCCUCUUACCUGGAGAAGGUGCGAUCCCUUGAGAAGGCCAACGCUGACCUUGAGUUGAAGAUCCACCAGUUCCUGGACAGCAAGACUGCCCCAACCUCUCGGGAUUACAGCGCCUAUUACGCCACUAUCAGUGAUCUCCAGACCAAGAUUCAGCACGCCACUGGUGUUAAUGGAGGAAUCUACCUCAGCAUUGACAACGCCAAGCUGGCUGCAGAUGACUUCAGAAUGAAAUAUGAGAACGAGCUUACCAUGAGACAAUCAGUGGAGGCAGACAUUGCUGGUUUGAGGAGAGUGCUGGAUGAGCUGACAAUGUCCAGAUCCGAUCUGGAGAUGCAGGUUGAGGGUCUUAAAGAAGAGCUGAUCUUCCUCAAGAAGAACCAUGAAGAGGAACUCUUGGCAGCACGCUCUCAUAUGAGUGGACAGGUCAAUGUAGAGGUUGACGCCGCACCGCAGGAAGACCUCACGAAGAUCAUGGCGGAAAUCCGCGAACAUUACGAGGCCGUCGCUGCUAAGAACCGCAAAGAACUUGACGCUUGGUUCCAGACCAAGACCGAAACACUUCACAAAGAAGUCACUGUGAGCACAGAAACACUGCAGACAUCCAGAUCGGAAAUCACAGAGAUUAAACGCACACUCCAGAGUCUUGAAAUCGAACUGCAAUCACAACUCAGUCUGAAAGCGUCUUUGGAAGCCACUCUGGCAGACACACAGAACCGCUUCGCCGCCAUAUUGUCCGGCUACCAGAGUCAGGUGACCGCCAUGGAACAGCAGCUGAUGCAGCUUCGUGCAGAUCUGGAGCGUCAAAGUCAGGAGUACCAGAUGCUUCUGGACAUCAAGACCAGACUGGAGAUGGAGAUCGCAGAAUACAGAAGACUGCUGGAUGGAGAGUCUGUGAGUGUCUCAACCACAAGCAAAACCUCGACACGUAAAGUGGUGACCAUUGUGGAGGAGGUGGUGGAUGGCAAAGUGGUGAGCUCAUCUUCUCAGGCCGUUAGCGAGACCAAGACGAGCUAAAACACUCUUGAGCUAAAACAUCCUACUGUGGGAUCUCAACAAAGUGAACCAAUAAACUGGCCCAAAUGUGAAUCUUUGUCUUGUCGUCGUU